AUGGCAGAGUGGCCCAGCGGGAGAGCUUGGCCAAGAGAGGAGCAGUGCCGGGAAGCCCAAUGGCAGGACUUCCUGAGGGGACUGAAUUCCUCUCAGACCGGGUGGGGAAAGAAACCUGGCCCCUGGGAGGACACCAAGGCCUUCCUGGCCUCCUUCAAGCAAGUGGCCCAAGCCUGCCAGUGGCCCAGGGGAGAGUGGGUGGCCCGGCUCCUGCCAGCACUGAGUGUAGAAGCCCAGAAAGUCUUUAGCAGCCUGGAGGCCAGAGACAGGGAGGAUUAUGGGAAAGUGAAGGCGGCCAUCUUGCAUGGGGAAGCCAACCGCACAGAAACCCUGCGCCAGCACUUCCGGCAGUUCUGCUCCCGGGAGGUGGAAGACCUGCGUCGGAUCUACAGCCAGCUGCGGGAGCUGUGCCACCAGUGGCUGAGCUUCCUGUGCAAUUGGGGAGGGGGAGGGUGUCUGGUGAUAACCUGGGCCCAGCACCUUCCGAUUCCUUUCAUUCUGGGCACAGCAUCUCCCACCGUCAUUGUGAAGACAGAGUGGGCCGCCCGACUCCUGCCAGCGCUGAGUGGAGAAGCCCAACAGGCCUUUGGCACCCUGGAGGGCAGAGACAGGGAGGAUUAUGGGAAAGUGAAGGCGGCCAUCUUGCGCUGGGAAGUCAACCGCAUGGAGACCCUGCGCCAGCACUUCCGCCAGUUCCGCUCCAGAGAGGUGGAAGACCCCCGUCGGAUUUACAGCCGGCUGCAGGAGCUUUGCUGCCAGUGGUUGAGGCCGGAGAGGCACUCGAAGGAGCAGAUCCUGGAGCUGCUGAUCCUGGAGCAGUUCCUGGCCAUCCUGCCCCCAGAGCUGCAGAGGUGGAUCAGGGCCGGCUGUCCCGAGAACUGCACCCAAGCGGCGGCCCUGGUGGACGUUUUCCUAAUGAACCACAAUGGCGGUGCUGAGACUUGGAAAUGGCAGGGGCUGUUGCGAGACGUGGGUUCCCAGAAUGCAGAGGAGGAAUCCCCGGACCCCACGCGGAGAAAAGCCUACAAAGAAGCCACGCAGAACAGCGAUGGGGAGAUCCAUUUGUCGGGCAGAGGAAGCAAACGCCCAGGACACUUCUCUCCGUCACUUCCUCCCGAAGGACAGGAAACAGCUGAAGCUGGGCAGGCAAAGAAGCAGAUUAACUUGGGGGAGACAGAUGCAGUCAAGCAGAGUCUGACGGAACCGGGCCAAAGGACCAUGUUUUGGCAAGUCCUGCAGGAGGAUGGUGGGAAUGUGGAUACUUUGGAGGGAUUUUUAGUUCCUAAAUCUGGCCUUGCCUCACGCCUGGAAAAAGAGGAAGAAAUGUUGGUCCAGUUCCUGGAGGAAAGAGAGAGACUCACAGGCCAAGAUCCAGGUGAUGUGAAGAGAAUCAAAAAGGAGGACUCAGAGGAGGAGGAAUCUGGCCCAGAUGAAACAUGGGAGUCGUCGACAGAAGCUGCCCAGGUGGACAUUCCCGGGACAUCUGAAAUCCACAAGCAGAGAUGUGGCAGAAAGGGGAUUAAGCUCCAGGUGGAGGAGGCCCAAUAUGGAAGAAGAGAGUCCGAGGAAUCACAGAGGACUGUGCUGCAUUUAACCCAACGGAGUAUGUUGAAGCCUGCUGAAAUUCAAAAGCAAGCAUGCAAAUCCCAAAGGCAGUAUACAGCUGCCAAGAUAACAGUGUCUACAAGCCCCAAAGGUUCUCCAAGUACGGGGGAAGAUACCGUUGCAGAUCACCGUGAUACAGUGACCGCUCCAGAGAACUUCCACAAAUGUCUCGUGCGUGGGGGAGACUUCCACCCAAGCCUCCAUAAACAUCCGAGAAUCCCUAUAGGAGAGAGGCACUAUGAAUUCUCCCACGGGAGGAGAAGCUUCCUGCAGAGAGAACACUUGAUUAGGCACCAACGUCGACACACCAGGAAGAAGACGUACGAGUGCCCUGAUUGCGGGAAAAGCUUACGUUCAAGUGGAUCAUUCAAGUCCCAUCAGAGAAUCCAUACCGGAGAGAGGCCUUACGGAUGCUCCUACUGUGCGAAAUCCUUCAACCAGAGCAUACAUCUAGAGCGGCAUCAGAAAGUCCACACAGGGGAGAAGCCGUAUGGGUGUCCAGAGUGUGGGAGGAGCUUUAGUCGCAAAGAUACACUGAUAAAACAUCAGAGAACCCACACAGGACACCAGCAGAUCUUUGACUGUGGGAGUUAAGGUGUUCAGCCGGUGGGAAAAUAAGCUAGCCAUUUUCGUCAUUGUUACACAUCAGAGAAUCCGAGAGGUGGCGAAAGCGGUGUGAUUUUCACACUGGCAACAACUUAUUUGUUUCAGUCAGACAAAGCUAUCUUUGACGCGCCUAGGCGUGUUUUUCUAAGUGAGAGAGUUCAAGCCCAUUGAUGUCAACGGACUUAGAGACCAACAAGCUUUCGAGAGUCAAAGUUCCCUUUGUCAGAUUAAUAUCUGAUGAAGGGAGGUUUGACUUUCAAAAGCUCAUACCCUGAGAAUCUUGUUGGUGCUACUGGUCUUGUAUCUAGCCGUUCUACCGCAGACUAAUGGCAAACUACCUUAGUUCAAU